AUUAAUUGGAAUGAUAAGCUACGCCUUGCAAGACAGCUUGUUAAUGCUAUAAAGUAUUUUCAUGAAAAUGACGUUAUUCAUACUAAUUUGAAUUCAGAAAAAAUAUUUAUUCACAAAGGGGUCAUUAAAAUAGCUUUUCAAUAUCAGAAUAAAGUUUUAGAUGUAUUUAAAAAUAUACAAUACGUAGAUCCUCAAUAUUUAAAAGAUCUUGAAGCUUACAAACUUAAUAAAAGCUCUGAUAUAUACAGUAUUGGUGUUCUUCUUUGGGAAAUUUCAAGCUGCGUUAUCCCCUUUGAAAACGAUGUUCCUUAUAGUUAUA